CUUCGACAAAGUCAUUCCAGAGCGAAUUCGAUUUUUUGAAAUUUCUGUUAACAGAACACGUAAAUAGGAAUGAAAACUGUUCUGUUGUUAAUAGUUUUACAGACAACAUCUCACAUAAUUUAUGGGCAGUCAGCUAAUUGCAGGCAACUUGCAGAUAAUAAGUGCUCACUGUGCCUGCAAAUACCUGGGUGUGCGUGGGGCAAGCAAGCGAACUAAACAAGUGCGCGGUGCAACGCUGUAGAAGAACAUACGAGGUUACAAUGUAAUAUGACAGUUACUGGUAACCCAGAUCCUAAACCAAAGCUUGAUAGAAAGCCACUUGGAGAUUUAAACCAGAUAACCCCGAGAAAAGUUUCAUCGAGGGUGCGGAUCGGUGAACCUUUGAAACUCAAGAUCGACAUUCAACCUUCUGCAAACUAUCCUGUUGAUUUAUAUAUUUUGAUGGAUUUAUCUGCGUCUAUGUCUGGUGAUUUAGACAACGUCAAAAAGCUAGCACGCAAUAUUUCAACAAAGUUAAGUGAACUUACUAGCAGGCGCCGAUUGGGUUUUGGAUCAUUUGUCGAUAAAACAGUACCUCCAUAUGUUACGUAUGAAGACUUAGGUAAACCGGUCUUACAUCAGAUUAAUGGGAGGACAUCAGUUGGAGAUGUUCCAUAUAACUAUAAACAUGUACUGAAUUUUACUGAAGAUGUAGAUGAAUUCAGCAAAAAGAUUGGUGAACAAAAAAGUUCUGGUAAUAAGGAUUUGCCUGAGAGUACAUUCGACGCCUUGAUGCAAGUGGCAGCCUGCGAGAAGGAGUUGGGAUGGAACUCAAAGGAUACGACACGUCGAAUGGUGCUUAUUGUAACAGAUGCUACGUUUCAUAUGGCUGGGGAAGGCAGGUUUGGUGGUAUUGUAAAGCCAAAUGAUGGAAAAUGUUGGCUCGGCACCAUAGAGAACGGUGUUCAGAGAUACGCAAAGUCUCUGGAACAAGAUUAUCCCACAGUGGAUCAAAUGUAUCAAAGACUUGUAAAAUCUGAGAUUCAGCCAAUAUUCGCAGUUUACAUUGACCAAAAGUCGGUAUCGUCGGCUGUAAUCGCAAACACGUACACGGCUAUCGCUGAUAACUGGAAAGGUAUACAAGCUGAAUUUGAACAUUUAGCUAAGGAGUCAGCCAACAUCACUGAACUCAUUGAGGAAAGUUACAAUAAAAUCACUUCUACAGUUCGACUUAAUACCGUGCCAGCUAAUCCUGACGAUGUAAAGGUUACAAUCACGCGGAACGAGUGUGGGUCUAAUAAUCCUGAUAAACACGUGUGUGAUAACGUCAAACCUGGAGAAAAAGUAUCUUUCGACGUGACUGUAACUGCUACGUCGUGCAAAACAAACAGAACGAGUUUUGAGCUGAGUGCGUCAUCAUUUGGCAGAGUGGAGGUUGAACUUGAUAUUAUAUGUAGCUGUGAUUGCGAGAAUGAAGCCCAAUUAAACGGUAAUCACUCCAGAUGUAAUGGUAAUGGUAGCCUUGUGUGUGGUGGUUGCGAAUGUAAUGAAGGCUGGUCUGGUGAAUUUUGUCAAUGCGAUGCACGGCAGUUUCUAAAUAUCGACCCAGAUAAAUGCAAGAUGACGAACGAAACUGGGAGUCUAGUAUGUGAUGGAAAUGGAAUAUGUGACUGUGGUGUGUGCAGAUGUAAUUUAAUUCCGGGUGAAACGGUAAAAUACUAUGGACAAUUCUGUCAAUGUAGUGACUUCAAUUGUGACAGGUCAAACAACAUGCCAUGUGGUGGACCUGAACGAGGAAAAUGUAAAUGCGGCAAAUGUCAUUGUAAAGAAGGGUUCAUUAACACUAAUUGUGGUGACAUUGAUUGUUCUAUACGCUUGCCUGACUGUGUCACUGUUAAGGAUGGUGGAGUUCAAGUGAACUGUAGUGAACAUGGUUCUUGUGAAUGUGGUGUGUGUAAAUGUGAUCCAUUUUAUCAGGGACGGCAUUGUGAUGAAUGUCCGUCUUGUGCUGGUCGUUGCGGUGAUUUUAAGACAUGUGUCUUGUGUAAAGUAUUUGGUGUUUCCCCAAGUAAUGCGACAUUGUGUGAAAAUUGCCCGGAAAUAGCGAAAGUACAAACUCUUGCAAAACUUAGAGGAUUGAACCUUCCGGCGGAAUGUCAAGAGACGGAUAACGAUGGGUGUACAUAUUACUAUACUUAUGAAAACAAAGGAAACAAAACCAUCGUUCAUGUCGUGGAAAGCAAAGAUUGCCCCGAAGGUCCCGAUGUUUUGCUGAUCGUUCUUGCUGUUAUUGGUGGUAUUGUCGGUAUUGGUAUCAUCCUCUUGAUUCUCUGGAAACUUCUUAUUGCUAUGGUGGACCGACGUGAAUACCAGAAAUUUGAGCGGGAUAGAGCUCAAUCGAAAUGGCACAGGGAGAAAAAUCCUUUGUAUCAACCAGCCACCACUACUGUUCCGAACCCAAUAUUUGUCGGACAAAAAAGUUAACGAAUUGUCUCUAUCAUAUAAAACAUGCUUACCAAUUUGGACGCAUUGGUCAAAAGAUUUGCAACAGGCUACAUUUUAAUUUAUUUUUAUUGUGUUGUGAGUGAAAAUAAUUCAUUCAAGAAUGCGAACUUCAUUAUCCAAAAAAAUACCCCGACGUUGAAUUUCUCAAGCUCUGGUUUGGGUUUUUAAUUUUGGCUAUUGUACAUCCAUAUUUAGAAGCCUGGUAAAAUUAACCAGUGGGUUGCACUAAUCUCCUCGGAAGACACUCCAUUUCAUGAAAGUUUUCCGCGUUUUACCCUAAUUUACACUUCCGCGUAUUGCUCAACUGUUCGUCAUGAAUAACUAUUUAUGUAAAUCUUUCUGUACACGUUACCGCCCACAACAACACGUUUUUUUUCACGUAUGUGCACUAUAAAUCUGCGAUUGAAUAGACACAUAGGG